UGAUAAUUUUAUUAAAGAUAGAUCAAGGUUUUUUUCUUCCUUCAAAAAGUAUUAUUAUUAUAUAGCACUAACGAGCAUGAUAUUUGAAAGAGGGAAAAAACCCACGUGUCACGUAACCUGAGUUUUUUUAUUCAAGCCUUCUACGAUCUUAAAGACUCGUUAUCUUACAUUCCCUUUGGAAGUUCACUGAUGCAUUACAUCUGACACUAUACAUUUACUGCUGAUCUCAACGGUUGAGAAAGACAGGACAACAUAGUCUUCAACAGUCGACGGUUGAGGAAGACAUUCUGGGCUCAGGACAACAUAGUCUUCAACAGUCGACGGUUGAGAAGACAGUGUGGCCUCAGGACAACAUAGUCUUCAACAGUCAACCAAACUGUUGUCCAUCCUCACCUCGGACUGGAAAUGGAAGCCAAUGCUCGUGGACUAAGGUAUCCCCAUCCAGAAAAUCGCUACUGGAACAAUUCCGUCAGACAGAAUGAAAACCUCCCUCAGCCUCAUUAUUCUACUGAGUCUUCCUACCUUCAUCCAGUUCCUGAUGGUAGCAUUCUAGAUCCGCCUGCUCUAAAUAGGGAUUCUCAGAAUUCAAACACUUCCUACAUGAAAGUGAUCGACAGCGCGGAGGAUCCGUGGACCCUUCGGUCGAAACCUUUCACUGGUCGUACGGACCCUCUUCCUCCAAUCCCAGGACCCCACAAAAGUACUGCAGACGAAGACCACUUUAAAAACAAGGGAACACGACCUCUCAUCAUUCUCAUCGUCAUCUUAAUUCUUCUCGUUGUCAUCGCUGCUGUUGUGCUUGGUGUUACACUUCCAAUCGUCCUCAAAGGGGGCACUUCUUCUCCUAUAACCAGGGAUGUCUGCGGAAAUUAUACACACCCUUAUUAUCCAGCAUUUGACAUCUACCCUGAUAAUUGCGGAAAAUACAUUUACUGUGUCAACGGCUCAGAGGGUGAGGUCAAACAGUGUCCAGACGGUUUAGAAUAUGCGUUUAAUAUGACCAGUGAUCACGACAAGGUUUGCGCUGCCCCAUCCGAGCUCACCUACUGCGAAAGAUUGCGAAUAGCCGCAGCGCCCACUGUGACCCUUGACCUUGCAUCAUACGUCACGGCCUUCUUGAACACCGACGUCGAGCUCGAGUGCAUAGUCCGCAACGUGACGACCGUGUCGCAGGUGACUUUUCUGCACGACGACACCAUCGUCGCCAGCUUCAACCUCUCCCACAGCACUGGUGCGACAAUGAACAGGAGCCUCGGUCGUCGGACAGGAAGUAGAGGGCGGAUACAACGUCACUCUCAUCUUGACCAACGUCACUUGUGGCGACGCGGGGAGGUACCGGUGUCUGGCCAACGACAGUCGGGGGAACGUGGAGAAAUGGACGACAGUCAGCGUCAUGAGACCCCCUGCUUUCCCAUCCUUGGAAAUCCCUCGGCUUGUGGAGGGAAGGCAGAAUGACCCCCCUGUGUGCAAGGUCGCCUCCAUGGGUCAUUACUCUGCCUCGUAUUUCUCGUGGUUCUUGAAUUCUUCUACUGUUACAGUGAGAAUACCAACCGACAAACAACUCGACUCGAUUUUUUACGAAGGCGCGACCUGUUAUAGUCGCGGCGAGUCGCGGCUAACCCUUCAGAUAGACGCACAGUGGGACAAGCAGAACCUGUGCUGCCGAGUUCAAGAUCCUCUCCAAACACACACCACUCCCAUGGAAACCUGCCAGCCGCUGACCAUUCUGCCCUUAGUGGACAUCACGCAAAAUCCCGUGGCUGUUCUCGGCGACACUGUCAACAUCACGUGCACCAUCCGAGACCUUAACGUGACGGAAGUGACGUUUCUGGCGUCAGGGAACAACACCCUGCUCACCUUCUACACCAACACUUCCACCAUUGCUUCCAACCAAACGGGCAUGGCCAUGUUUGUCAACAACAGUGACGUCACGGAAUGGCAGGCCAUCCUCAGCAUAAGGAAUGUCACGUGCUCUCUCGGAGGAAUAUUACACGUGCCGCGUGCUCGGGAAAAGCGGGGGGAUCCACAGCAAGUCCACAACGUUGCGCGUGCGACGUCCACCUAGUGCACCUACUUUAAGUAUCCCUCCGAUAGCGGAAACAUACACCAUUCAAAAUCCAACCUGCAGAGCAGAUAACCUAGGCUAUAACCCUGCCAUGACCUUUGCCUGGACCUUGACCAGAGAGGGUGGAGGUGAAACCAGCAUCAGCGACUCGCGGGUGACAUCGAACUUCAGUUCCAACUCGCAGACGUGCAUCACCAGUGGGUACUCUGUCUUUGAUGGUCAGCACUACACUGGAGGCUCCUGGAACAACAGCUUGCUUUGCUGCAAACUCACUGACCCAACGACUGGCCAGGUAGUUCAAAGUACAUGCAAGACAAUAUAUACAUUACCAGCUGACUUCUGCUCUGGGACAACAACCACUUCGUUCUUACCCUUAUGAUCCCUGCAAUGUUUUUGUUAAUUGUAACCUGGAAACGAAAGUUGUCUACUUUAACUUCUGCACAGGCACCAACAUGUGUUUUGAUCCUGAUUCACAAUCGUGCAGCAGACCCAAGACAAGGUAAACAAAGAUUCAACAGAGACACAUCAACAUCUUGUACACCAUGAACUGGAAAAAGACUUAAUGAUGGUGUUGUGUGUAUGUGGGUGUGUGUACGGCACUUAAAUAAAUAAUUUCUAUGUAUGAACUUGUGUUUAUUUUAUGUAUGUAGUUUUCGACUUGCCCUGUAAAAUAUCCCAACCCUCAGAACCAGUCACGACGGUUGUGUAUGAUGAAUGGGCAAUGACCAAGGGACGGGGAGAGGACGAGUGGCUUGAAUAGGAACUCUGGUCACGUGACACUGGGGAGGACUUUUUUGAAUUUACGCUCGUGAGAGUUAUAAAUACCUUGUGUACCGUUUGUAAGAAGAGAUGAAAAAUGGGAUGACAUUCACUUAUGUGUCCUCCUUCCCUUUGACCCCGUCUUCCGGCUUAAUUUAUGUUUUACGCCGAGGAUACAUCUUUGUACAUCAAAGAAUGAAAUUGUAAAUCUCUCUCUCUCUCUUGGACUAACCUUUGUUUCUGGGUCAAGUUUGUUUUUUAAUACACAUUUUUUAACUCGC